AUGCACCCCACAAACAGCCGGUCUAGCUGCUGCCCUUCCCCGCAGAAGCCGCACCGCACUGCGCCAAACCACUCGCACCGCUCCCUGCAGCAAAACCCGCAGCAGCAGCAGCAGCAGCAGCAGCAGCAGCAGCAGCUGCUGCUGCAGCAGGUGAGUCUAGUGCGCCAGGCGCAACAACAGCAACAGCCGGUGAGCUGUCUGCGGAAGCAGCAGCAGCAGGAACUCACUCUGGCCUGGGCCCCUGGAUCUCGUCUUCAUAGACAUAUUGGCUGUUGCCGAUCUUCAGCCCCACGGCGUCAUCGGCUUCGCUUUGCUGCCACGUCACCCCCGGUCCCUUAA